ACAUUGUAAAAAUUGCUAUGCUCACUUAAAUGGUGUCUGUGUUAGAACCAAUAUUCAAAUUCACUAAUUCUACCUAAAACUGAAAUUCAGAGCCCAAGACUAUAUUGUAGAAAUCCUGGAAGUCCCCUGGCACGCAUAGGAGGGGGCACAAACAACUGUGAGUUUGAAAUCGAUGGAAGAAGAUGACUGAGGGAGAAAGUUGCUAUUGUGUUACAAAGAGGAACUAGAGUCUUUGCAUGUAGAUAUAUAAGGAGAGUGCAAGUCUCAAUAGACAGAACAAACCACUGCAAAGUGGUACUUUCACAAUGGAAUUCCGGAUUCUCGCUCUGAUAUUCCUGUUCCACUGCCUCUGUAUAACAGCAAAUGAGUCAGACGUCUCAAAUGAGAUUGUGGAUCCUCUGUGUGACGGAAAUAUUUCAGAAAACUGCAUCCAGGGGAACCUUACACAAGAGGAUUGGAUGGAUCAAAAAGAAGUUAAGGCUCCGUGUAUAACAGCAAAUGGGUCAGACAUCUCAGGCACAAUCAUGGAUCCUAUGUGUGAUAGGAACAUUUCAGAAGAAUACCACAAUGGGAACCUUACAGAAGAGGAUUGGAUGGAUGAAAUGGCAUUGAAUGGAUCAUUCAGAAAACCACACAAUUUGCAAAAGAGAGGACUAAUACAGUUAACUAAAGCCAUUCGAUGUGUAACCGGCCGAUCGUCUUUGCGUUACCUUGGAUAUGGAUGCCACUGUGGGCCAGGGGGGAAAGGAGGCCCAAUAGAUGCUACUGAUUGGUGUUGCCAUGCUCACGACUGUUGUUAUAAAGAAUCAAAAAGACAUCGCUGCAAACCAAAGAUAGGAAGCUACAAAUGGAGCUGUAGCAACAGAACUUUUCAUUGUCCUGCACAGUCAAGUUGGUGCAAGAGUUUUGUUUGCAACUGUGACCGUGAAUUUUCAAGAUGCAUAAGUAGAGCCCGUUUCAACUCUAUUCUUAUCCUUUAUCCUAAUGGUAGAUGUAGGAAACCCCCACAACCUUGCAGAUAAAGGGUGUUUUUCAGAUAAGAAUGCUUAUAUCUACUAAAUCUCUUUCACAGUAUUGUGAUACAUCACAGGAUUUAGUGUUGCUCCUACAUGUAUUUUGCAGCAAUUUAUCAUCAAAUGAUAAAUUAUAUAGCUUGCUUUUUUUUGUAACCAAUAUUUUAAGCUGGAUUUUUUGUUGUACAUAGUUUCCUUUUAUGACUGAACUGCAUAAGAUUCAACUCAUACGGGGGAAGGCAUCAUAUUUUGGUGGUCUUUUACUUUCUGUGUUUGAGUAUGAGUUGCACAGCAUGUCCUUCAAUGUCUUACCUCAUCUUAUCUGAUAUAUGAACAAAGAAUGUUCUUUUAAACUUUCUAUAUCAUUUCCCAAAUACAUCAGGUAAACCUAGAAUCCAUAGGUAUUUUGUUGACAAAGUAAAUCUGUAGUCUCUUUAAAAGUCUCUACAUAUUGUGACAGAGAUUGGAAUACCAACCAAUUGCCGACAGCUAUGUCUGACAGUAGGUGGUGUCAUAUAUAUUUUUGAAACAUAUUCAAUACAGUAUUUAUGAGUAGUUGCAGGACUGUGCUAUGAACAUCAGUUCCCAUUGAAUCGAUUUGGUAUCCUCGUAGUUUUUUUUAUCUUGCCCAGGGAUCUGCAUGAUUUCUGCAAAGCAUUAACCUUAUCCAUAAUUAUUAAUGAUGUCAACCUUAAAUAAGAUACAGGUUUUGGGCCUCCGGCAAGGCACCUCGAGGGCAGUUGCCUGUAAUAUUUAAGUUAUUUAAUGUACUAAGAAAUGGACAUUCGCAAUAAAAACUGCGCACAACAGUGGUUGUAAGGGUUAACCCAUAUAAUGCGCAACAUCACAAGUACAAGGAUAAACUUCCAGUUUUGAAAGUCAAGGUUUCAGUAUAUGGAAGCAUUUUGUGUACUAUAAUAUGCAGGGGUUUGUUUAGAACAUUUAUAUGGGCUCCACUAAUCUACUGUGUUAGGCUGGGAUUCUCCAAGUAUAUACACAUGCUGUAUUUAAUACUGUAAAUGUACACCUUAAGCCUAUAAUGCUUUUUUUAAUUUUCCACAUUUUUGUUUUUGUACCAUGGGCCGGCACUUAUCAAAAAACAAAAACACCACCAGUUUGGGUUCUUUGCAGCAGAGUUCUGCCAUCUUCCUCCCUACUCCCAGGUAUCACUUGUGCCACCAUGGAAAACUACCUGGCCAGUGUUUUAUUUAUUUCUUUUUUUAAGAAGUGCAGAAAGCAAGAGAUUUUGGUAACCCCAAGAAAUUUGGAAUUUCCUUCUUUGAAUGCAAUACAAUUUAAAGACUUGAAGUGCACAUGCCAACAUGGGUGUAUUUACUAUUAGACCAAAGUGACCCAAUGCUUAGACCAGCAACGAUUGAUGCAGAUUCAACAUAAUUUACAAUUUAAGUACUCGUUUUGUUUAUCUUGCCUGGCUUACUUUCUGUUGCAGUAUGACAAAAUAAACCUAUGUAAUAAUAUAUAUCCAACUUAAUGUAAUGCCUAUUACUGGCUGAAGGCUUUUUUCAACUUUGAAUAAACUCACG